CGUGUUUGACAGCACUCCCCAUUCGCGUAUAACAGAUCGAUGUGAUGAAAUUCGGCAAUCAAAAUUCAUCGCACCAAAAAAGUUGUGAUUGUUGCUCGCAUUUCAUUAAAUAAUUUGUUCUAGAAACGGUAUUCGCUAUUAUUUAAUCGUUCAACUGAUUGUGGAAAGAGAAGCUGUUGAUAAUUAUACGCAUUUUCGUGUAUUCAGUGUUCUCCGGCGCGUCACUGCAGGGCUUGACAGCUCUUCUCCGGUCGAGCUUCCCAACAUUCGCUUCGCCGAAAGUGGCCACACAGUAAAUAUACACCUGUAGAGGGUCCGCAGUCGCUCCAUCCAGCCCGAUCAUCGUCAUACUCCUUCCAUUCGUGCGACUGUCCUCGCGCACCCAUCAGCGAAGGCACGCCACGAAAAACUCAUCAUCAUCAUCACCAUCAUCGUCGUUGUAGUUGGCCGUGUUCCGCUAAAUCAUAAGACAGCUGCAGAAGAGGUUAGUACCCUGUUGUGGCCGCAUCGCCUAACUAUGUGUGCUCCAAGCACGCACGGUCGUAGAAGUGAAUCGUAAAAGCGCAAUUCGUGGCGUGCCGAACAACACACCCAACGUGCUCCAUAUAACCAACCGCGACACCGGUGGGGUGUGCUAGAUUUCCAUAUUAUUACGCAAACAGCGCACCGCAAGACGCGCGGUGAAUCACUGGCGAAAAGAGGCGCGGCGAAAAGAAGAAGGAAAGGCAGAAUUUGAGUUUUUUCGGGGACGACGGUGUGCGAUGAUGGAACCGCAGAAGCAUAAUACGCGUGGCUGCGUUUUUUCGCUGCUCUACUCGAUCGGUUCGUUUGCGCUGGCCAGUGCCAGCCUGUCUACGCUUAAUCCGAGCGAUCGGAUCACGGUAGAGAAGGGAGCCUUGCUGAUCAGCCUCGGGUUCGUGUACUUUGUCGCACUGACCGAGUUUCUCAACAAACUGCUGCUAAAGACGGCCCUCGGCCAUAGCUUCGUCAAGCGCUACCGGUUACGCGUGUCCGAUGUGCUCGACAUCACGAACAAACUCGUUUCAGCGGUUCAGGCGGCGUUUUCCUGCAUUGCUGGACUGUUCGUUUGUCGCUGGUCCUGCCCGCGGAACUUUCUGCACGCCUCACACUUCCUGUCGGAAUCGUACGCCUGGUUCGCGGCGUCCUACUUCUUCUACGAUCUCUGGUCGAUGUACAAAAUCUAUGCCGCCGAAGCGGCCCUGAAGAUCAAGGCAAAACUGGGCCUUCACUCCUUGGGUGGUGAUGGUAGCGAGAACAACAACGAGGUGACCGGUGGCCGGAAUGGUGCAGUGAACGGAGCCCGUAACCGUGGUCAGAAGGAGACGGCGGCGGUGGCUGCGGCUGCGGGAGAGGAUAGCGAUGAAGCGGUCGCUAACGGUGGCAAUCUGCAGGCCCUGGAUGAUAUACCGAGCGUCUCGCGGGGCACACUGUCGUUCGUGAGUCCGGGCAAGUUGGGCAUUCCGAGCUUUGCCAAGUAUCUGAUUACCCACCCGCUGAUGGUGUUCCAUCAUCUGUUUAUCGGUUCGUACGGUCUCAUCGUUAUCUCGUAUCUGCGCGGUGGGCUCGGUGAUUGCGUGUUUAGCUUCAUGUUUAUGAUGGAACUAUCGACGCCAUUCGUGUCAUUCCGGGGCAUUCUCAGUGUGCUCGGCCUGAAGCAAUCAAAGGUGUACGUUGUGAAUGGGUUGCUGAUGCUGAUCACCUUCUUCUGGUGUCGCGUUUUCCUGAUGCCGUACGUCUGUUACUACUACAGCCAGGUGGUGAACCUGCCCUUCUUCACGGCCGUAUGGAAUCUUCCCUGGGGAUGCAAGGUUAGCAUUCUAGCCCUGUUCUUGCCCCAACUGUACUGGUUCCGGUUGAUGGUACGAGGUGCAAUGAAGGUGUUUUUCCCAUCGAAAGCCACUCGCGGUAGUGGCAGCGCAACUCGUGGUAACGCCGCGAACGAUGCUUCCUGUGCAAACGAGGCGGUGGCGGCCAAUGGUGGCACUGCCAUCAAAUCGUCCCAAUCCAAAGAUAGUGAAAUACGUUCGUUACUGUAGAGAGUAGAGAGGUCAUCGUGUAGUGCACAAAACUGAGAUCGAAUGCUUCGCAGCAGAAGCACAGCAGCACAACGAAUAGGGCCAAGGCCCCCCCGGGGGGCAUUGCAUCAUAACCCUUAACAGGCACCACCACCUUAGCGGCUUCAGCGAUAUACAGCCUAAGUGUUAUUUUGUGUGUAAUUAUACUAUUCACCUGUAAUGCGCACCGAUCUGUCCUGGAAAGAGAGAGAGAGAGAGAGCUGUGUUGGAUCGAGGGCGGGGGGGAUACGGAUUCGAACGAACGGAGAUCCAUGAUGAGCAGCAGCAGCUACGUAGUUACCUAGUCAUAUCGAUUCAUUGCUUUUCACUACACUACGUCACCAUAUACAUAUAUUUCCAUUAUCGGAACCCACUGAACACCCACAGACCACAGACUUAAAAACCGAACGAAAUAUACCCAGGGAUUAUUAACCAGUUCUACAUAACACAAGCGAGAAGCGCAACCAGUGUACUUCCAGAUUGUUCUUGCCAGUCAUUUGUUCAGUUGUAACUAAGCAAAAUGUAAGAUUAUACACAGGACAGAUCAGCACAGAGAUAUUAGGCGGAAUGUGUGCGUGCGUGCGUGCGCGGAUAGGGUGUGGUGGUUCAGCAAGAAGCAGGUGUAACGCAGAUAAGUUAUUGGUAUAACAUAACCGAGAAUACGAAACCAAAAAAAACCAAUCGUGCAUUGUGUAAGCAUCUCGCUCGGUGCGUGCCGUACCGUGCGCGUGUAUCCGUGUCUUCUGAUCCGUUUAGAUGAUAGACUUUUGUGUGCAUUUUUUCUACCGACCCAUGAGAAGCUGGGAACAGGCGAGCAGCAGAGCUUGGAAAGCGUACAGGCUUUUGUGUGCGCGGUAGUAAAGUCAUACGAAGAAUAUGGCCAGUUAGAACAACAACCCUUAUUCACUUAACUGUUAGAUGGAGCUUUCAUAAUUAGUGUGCUGUGUUAAUCAGGAUCCCCUCCCCGUUCCCGACAUGGGUUUGGGGAACUGGAUGGUAGAGGAAGCAGCGGUGAUUGGUGAUGCUGCGUGUUUGUAUGGGUAGUACAGGGGCCUUUGGCCGACAUUUAAAAGUUUAACAUAAAUUGUUAGUCCUAGCAGAGACAGGGAACCGUCAUCGACUGCAGCAGGUAGCGGGGGAGGAACAUGUGUUUUGGCAUUCCAUAGGACACAGUGCAUCGUUCGCCAAAUGGCUUUUUUGUGGAACAGUAGCAAGGGCAAGUAGUAGUUUGGAAAAGACAUUCGAUAACGGCAUAACACGAUCGUUUGGAUGAACAUUUUCUGUGCAUUAGACGGCCAGUAGCAGCGGCGCUAGAUUUCCGGUUAGGGUUCAGGGGGUGUGGCGGUAGAAUGCGAGAGCGUUGCAGAUGGAACUAUUUGAAUCAUACCAAAAUAUGGUGUUUGUGUACCACUUUACAACAUAUAGAGAAAUAAAGAUGAAUAUGUCCGUUUUUUGUUAA